UAGACGUGACGUCACUAACCAGAGAAGCCGACAGCGACAACAUCGCAUCAAAAACAGGCAGCUAAGUUGUGCUAGCUAGCCCCCCUAUCUAACAGCAGACAGUUGGCCUGCAGCUGGCUGAUCGUCACUUCAACUUUUGAGAAACAACUUUAACAACACGAGCUGGUGAGCGCGGUGCUGCAGGCCAACUUCCCCCCUCCCCAGAAGUCAUGGCGUGUGGAGCCACUUUGAAGAGGACCAUGGAUUUCGAUCCGCUCAUGAGUCCUACAUCCCCCAAAAGACGAAGAUGCAUCCCCGUGUCCCCGUCAUCCUCAUCCCCUAGGAAAUAUCUCAGCAUGGAGCCUUCGCCAUUCGGGGAGUCUUCAUCAAGACUUAGUGCAGAACAAAUCCUCAACAGCAUCAAACAGGAGUACAAACGCAUUCAAAAGAGAAAGCAUCUAGAUGGAGGCUACCAACAGUCAGAGUGCUGCUAUUCGCCAGAAUCCCCAUCCCAGUCGUCUACUAUGAAUGCUUCCAGCAUGGCAGGAACAUCCUCUGGAGGCGUCUCUCCAUCUAGAAAAGAACAGCCAUUAUUCACCCUCAGACAAGUUGGAAUGAUCUGCGAACGCCUGCUGAAAGAAAGGGAAGAGAAGGUUCGGGAGGAAUACGAGGAGACCAUGACUUCGAAGUUGGCCGAACAAUAUGACACCUUUGUGAAGUUCACACAUGAUCAGUUAAUGCGACGAUUUGGGGAGCAACCUGCAAGCUAUGUUUCCUGAGUGUGGCACAGAAUUUUUGCAAGACGGCCUUCCCACGCUGCAAGCUAUCACGUGAUAUCUCGAGGAAGAGAAGCGAAAAAAACUCAUCAUUGUAAGAGAUUAAGUUUAGCUAGUUUAAAGGAAACUUUUCUUACUGUGCCAUAUAUCUGUCUUUGGGCAAAGGUUUAUAUGAAGCUGUUGUCAGUUGUUACCACUCUGUUGUAAGCAACUAGGUGCUUCCUCAUGUAAAUGGACCCUAUUUCUACCAGUGGCCUACGUUCCUCCAGCUGUACGUGCAUCUACAGUUAUCUCACUUUUGUAUUGAUUCCCAGCAUUCCAGGCUUUGUCACUUGUUUCUGUUUUGUUACAUGUAAAUACAAUAAAGCAGGCAUUGAGUUUUACACAAGGUUGGCAGGUCGGUCUGAAAGAAUGUGGAAGAAACGCAAGUUUAAACAGAAAGAGUAUGUUUGCUGUUUGUUCACUGCUUUUUAAACUGAGCAUAAAGUGGGCUAAUUUGCUCCCACCCCCUCCCACCACCAGUGUUUUAUUUAUUGAGUUUUGUUCUGCUGGUAUCACUUUGAAACCAAUGUACUUAUUAAAAACAAUAAACAUCUUUUAAGAGUUGAAAA